GCCUGUGCCCUUUCGGGUUGUGGCGUAGCCCAGGCAGGCGGGAGAUGGCAGAGCGGAAGGCAAAGCAGAAUGGCACGGAACAAUCCGAAAAUGAGUGACCCGCCUGGGCUAAAGGCUUCAAUAACCCCCCAACACCAAGAGGGACCCGAGACAACGCCCGAGCAGACGGGGAAGAGGGCCCCACGUUUCCACUUGGAAACCCAAGGGGCUCCGGCGUCUCCGGCUAUGGCCCGGGCCGGGGCCUGGGGCCGCCUCAAGUCCCUGCUGAGGAAGGAUGACGCCCCCCUGUUCCUCAACGACACCAGCGCCUUCGACUUCUCGGACGAAGUCGGGGGCGAGGAGGACGUGCCCCGGUUCAACAAACUCCGCGUGGUGGUGUCGGACGAUGGCUCCGAGGGGCCGGAGACGGCCGCGAACGGGGCCCGCUCGGCCUUCCAGGCCGACGACAUCUCCCUGCUGGACCCGGACUGCCCCACCCCCGUUAGCCAGCGGGCUCUCAGGGGAGACCCCUGUGACACCUGCAGCAGGCAGAAGGAACUGGUGAAACAGAAGAAGGUGAAAACCAGGCUGAUCCUCGCGGCCCUUCUCUACCUCCUCUUCAUGGUCGGGGAACUCGUAGGUGGAUAUAUUGCCAACAGUCUAGCGAUCAUGACAGACGCACUCCACAUGCUAACGGACCUUAGCGCUAUCAUCCUCACCUUGCUCGCUCUGUGGCUGUCAUCCAAAUCGCCGACCAAGAGAUUCACCUUCGGAUUCCACCGCUUGGAAGUGUUGUCGGCGAUCAUUAGCGUCCUCUUGGUUUAUAUACUAAUGGGUUUCCUCCUGUUUGAAGCUGUGCAAAGGACUCUCUACACGAACUAUGAAAUUAAUGGAGACGUAAUGCUCAUAACCGCAGCGGUCGGAGUCGCAGUUAACAUAAUAAUGGGAUUCCUGCUGAAUCAAUCUGGCCGCCAACACGCUCAUUCCCACUCGCCUCCAUCCCACUCUCCUCCUACAGGUCCUGGGCACGGGCCGGGCCAGAGGCACGACAGCCUGGCGGUGCGAGCGGCGUUUGUCCACGCCCUGGGGGAUUUGGUGCAGAGCAUCGGGGUGCUGGUAGCCGCCUACAUCAUUCGCUUCAAGCCAGAAUACAAGAUUGCUGACCCUGUCUGCACUUAUAUAUUCUCAGUACUUGUGGCGUUUACAACACUGCGAAUCAUAUGGGACACUGUAGUAAUUAUACUGGAAGGGGCACCCAGCCACUUGAACGUAGAUCAUAUAAAAGAAGUCUUGCUGAAAAUCGAAGAUGUUUAUUCAGUGGAAGAUCUAAAUAUCUGGUCUCUCACUUCAGGAAAAACCACUGCCAUCGUGCACCUACAGCUAACUCCAGGCAGUUCUCCCAGGUGGGAGGAAGUCCAGAGUAAGGUCAGACACUUGUUGCUGAACACAUUUGGGAUGUACCAGUGCUCUGUUCAGCUUCAGAGUUACAGAUCAAAAAGGAACAAAACCUGUGCAAAUUGUCUGAGCAACUCCAGUGCCUAAUUUUGUAUCUGGGGGACGGGGGCCCUGCUGCCGUACCCCUUCGGAUCUCGCAGUCGAAGACUCCCAAGCAAUAAAGAACGCAAACCGAAAAGGAGCCGACAGGCCGGACCGGUGUCAAGAAGCGGGAUCGCCGAGAGCACAGGUUUUCACCUAACAAAAGCACAAACUCCCCGUUUGAUAUUGCCAUUCAGCGAUCCUUUUAUGGUGAUUAUUUUUUUUUCUCCAAACCAAGUUGUGACUCAAAUACCGUUUACGGGAUGACACAAUUCUGCAAAUACCUCGUGGAAAACUUUUCGAGAUGCCAAUCGUACAACAGGGCCCAUCCCCUUAAAGGGUGCUUCAGAGAUGGCAGUAUUGGCGUGAAGGAGACUUUCAGCCAGCCAACUAGGUAGAGAAUCGAAUUGACCGAGGACAGAAGUUUGUGUUUACGUGGCUUAGACACGGGCACACGCUAAAUCAGCUGACCUUUAAACCAUUAACUGUUUCUCCACCUGUCGUAGAAGGGUCUGUUCAGUACAGAAGUAAUGACAUCGUGAGUAGAAGUAAGCAUGAAUGCCCAAGGGGUUUGAAAGAAUGUUUUCUUGCGUAAUAAUUGAGAAUGUCGUAUGUUUUAUAAACAACUUCCUUUUUCCAGA